GGAGCCGUGCAGGAACGUCACCUUAUCAGCUCUAGUGAGACAGACAGACGGCUCGGCCGCGGCGAGCUGCGCUGACUCGUCGCCUCCUCAGGACUCUUGUUUGCGUGUGAACCAUGGUGUGAACCACCACUUGAGCACUUUACACGUCUGGAGAUAUUUACCGAGAUGUUCCUAUGCCGGUUCAAAGACAGGACGCGAGUCUGGACUGGAGGAGAACCCUUGUUUUAGAGCGAGGAGACACGUUUGUUUUCCGUCUUUACUUCCAGCCGGCGUUGUAGAAGACUGUUUGAUGCGAACGCUCAGCUAACAAGCUAACUGGAAAUGUUGUCACAAACUAGCUAGUUGGUUAGCUUGCUAGCAAGCUAGCGGGGUUGUGUGUUGUUUGGGUUUAGCAGCGGUGCUGCUUGGUGUAGGAAACCGCGGCAGAAGCUCGCGCUGGGGUCUGCUGGGUGUUCAGAGGACCUGAGCCAGUUUGGUUCCUAACCUUUACCGGAGACUAGAGAGCGUUUAGUCAGAACAAUAGUUAAUUGUUCAGGCAACAAGUUCGGCACCGCUGCUUUAACAUCACUCAGAUGUAGAUGUGAAUGUCAAAUUAUUAGUUUAGAUUUGGCUAUAACGGGACAAAGCCGAUACUUUGUUUUACAAUGUUGAAUGUUGGGUUAGUGAAAGUGGCGUCAUACGGAAAAAAGUACGAGUGGAGAUGCCCAGAGCGUCUCGGGUACCCCGGAUUCUUUUGGUGAAGCUGUUGUCAGUUAAUCAAAAGCACAGCUGACGAGGUGAACGCGCAUUGAAAAAUCGCCCACAUGCGUUGGAUCAGCUCCCGGACUUGUGAAAGGCAUCUGAAGCAGCAGGAGGGAGACGAGAGCGCACAGCCCUUGCAGCAGCCCGGGGGAAGAUGGCGGAACGUUCCCACAGGAGGUGGUGAGACCAAAACUUCGGCGCUUCUCGGAUUCCCGCACAAACCACUUUUCUCAGAUCGUUGGACACAUGCAGGCCAAAAAACGAUAUUUAAUUCUGUUCUCCGCCGGCACCUGUCUCAUUCUGCUGUUCUGUUUUGGGGGAAUACAAGUCCCGCUGUCCAGGCGGGGGUCCCACAGGCGUGAUGACCGCAGCCUCACCGGCUAUCACCUCGGGGCACGGUGGCGUCGCCUGUCCGGAUUCAUGCAGGCUUUCAGUACUCUGGGGAAGGACAGUAGCGAUGAGCUGCAUGGACACAUGUCCCCUAGGCAAAAGAGGGACACCAACUCAGGCCUGUACACUGGAAAACGCUGCAGGAUGGAGACUUGUUUUGACUUUUCUUUGUGUGAGAGGAAUGGGUUUAAAGUGUACUUGUACCCCCAGCUGAAAGGAGAAAAACUCUCAGAGAGCUAUCAGAACAUCUUGGCUUCUAUUGAAGGGUCCAGGUUCUACACACCAGAUCCGGGACAGGCGUGCCUCUUUGUCCUGAGCUUGGACACUUUGGAUCGAGACCAGCUUUCUCCCUACUAUGUGCACAACUUAAAAGCAAAAAUCCAGGGACUUCCUUUAUGGAACGAAGGCAAGAACCACAUCAUCUUCAAUUUAUAUUCUGGCACAUGGCCGGAUUACACAGAAGAUCUUGGCUUUGAUAUAGGCCUGGCCAUGUUGGCCAAGGCCAGUAUUAGUACAGAGAACUUUCGACCUAACUUUGACAUUUCCAUCCCUCUUUUCUCUAAAGACCACCCAAGGACAGGAGGGGAAAGAGGGUAUUUGAAACACAAUACAAUUCCCCCUUAUAGGAAAUACAUGCUUGUUUUUAAGGGGAAACGCUACCUGACUGGAAUAGGUUCAGACACUAGGAAUGCUUUAUACCAUGUGCAUAACUCGGAGGAUGUAGUCCUCCUCACCACCUGUAAGCAUGGGAAAGACUGGCAGAAGCACAAGGACGCACGCUGUGACAAAGACAAUGCUGAAUAUGACAAGUACGAAUACAGAGAGAUGCUGUACAACUCCACGUUCUGUCUGGUCCCUCGAGGUCGAAGGCUGGGCUCCUUCCGUUUCCUGGAGGCUUUGCAGGCAGCUUGUGUGCCGGUGAUGCUGAGUAAUGGCUGGGAGCUUCCCUUCUCAGAAAUUAUCGACUGGAAAACGGCAGCUGUGAUUGGGGAUGAGAGACUGCUGCUGCAGAUUCCAUCAACGGUGCGCUCCAUCCACCAGGACAAGAUUCUGUCCCUCAGACAACAGACGCAGUUUUUAUGGGAGGCUUAUUUCAAUUCUGUGGAGAAGAUAGUGCUAACAACCCUGGAGAUCAUCCAGGAUCGGGUGUUGGAGCACUGGUCAAGGAGCAGCCUGAUGUGGAACAGUCUUCCUGGUGGACUCUUUGCUCUGCCUCAGUACUCUACCUCCCUCAGAGACUUCCCCUUCUACUACGCUAAACUGGGUAUCAAACCAAACCCCAAGUUUACAGCAAUCAUCCAUGUGGUCACCCCACUGGUCUCCCUAUCCCAACCCGUGAUGAAGCUGCUUGUGGCUGUGGCCAAAUCUCAGUACUGUGCUCAGGUGAUAAUUCUGUGGAACUGUGACAAAGCUCUUCCUGCCAAGCACCGCUGGCCCGCCACUGCGGUGCCCCUAGUUGUCAUAGAGGGAGAGAACAAGGUGAUCAGCAGUCGCUUUCUUCCCUACGACACCAUCCCCACCGAGGCUGUUUUCAGCCUGGAUGAAGACACGGUUCUCUCCACCACUGAGGUGGACUUUGCCCUCAUGGUGUGGCAGAGUUUCCCUGACCGCCUCGUUGGUUACCCGGCCCGCAGCCAUUUCUGGGACAGCAACAAGGAGCGGUGGGGCUACACAUCCAAAUGGACCAACGACUACUCCAUGGUGCUGACGGGGGCUGCCGUCUAUCACAAGUACUACCACUACCUGUACACCACCUACCUUCCAGCCAGUCUGAGGACCAUGGUGGACCAGAUGUCAAACUGCGAGGACAUCCUGAUGAAUUUUCUUGUCUCCUCAGUAACUAAACUACCCCCCAUCAAGGUCACCCAAAAGAAACAAUACAAGGAAACCAUGAUGGGCCAGAACUCCAGAGCUUCCCGCUGGGCCGACCCGGACCAUUUUGCCCAGCGUCAGACCUGCAUGAACAAGUUUGCCAACUGGUUUGGCACCAUGCCUCUCGUCCAUUCUCAGAUGAGGCUGGACCCAGUCCUGUUCAAAGACCAGGUGUCUAUAUUGAGAAAGAAAUACAGGGAAAUCGAGAGACUAUAACCCUCCUGAGGCCCCCCCACCCCACCCCACCCCCGCUCUGUGAACACAGAAGGUGAAGAGCGAGGGGGCGGACAUGUAGAUGCGUGCAGCGUGGAGCUGAACUGGAACAGGUCCAGGGAACGUGGAGGUAAAAUCAUGUGGAGAGCUCGUCCUCUACUUUCUGCUCUCAUGGGGUCGGGGGGUCGCUCAGACGCCUCAUGAGUAACCCUAACUCUAACUACACCUGAGUUCAGGUGGAAAGGACGGCUCGCUGCAUCAGCGACCCAACAGAGACAAACAUGAC